CAAACAGCAAGGAAAGAAAAACCGGAGUUUAAAUAUUUUUAUUAUAUUGAAUGAAACCCAUGUUAAAUAAUCCUAUUAAUUAAUGAAAUGGGUAGAUUAUAAAAGGAAAUAUUUUAAACAUUAUUCAUAAUGAGUAUAGAAGUACGAUCUCGCAGUGGAUCAAAACCAGACUUUUCUGUUAGAAUAACUGUUUGUGACCAUUAUUUAUCCAAACCUAUACCUGGUUUAGAUGUUAUAUAUUCAGAUUUUCGAGGAUCUGAUAUUAAACAGGUGCCGAUCCUUAGAGUAUUUGGUCCCACACCAGAUGGACACAAAGCAUGCCUUCACAUACAUGGUGUGUUCCCAUAUUUUUACAUACCAUGCCCAACAGCGAAUCCGGAGCCACAAUUUAUGUAUCAGAUAGCAGCCAGUUUAGAUAAAGCAUUAAAUAUUGCAUUAAAGCAAGCCACUUCUGCUCAGCAGCAUGUAUAUAAGAUAUCAUUGGUCAAAGGAUUACCUUUCUAUGGAUUUCAUGACAAAGACCAUCUGUACCUCAAAGUGUUUCUAUACAAUCCUGGAUUGAUCAAACAAGCGGUAGAGCUUUGCAGUAAUAGUGCUAUUUUAGGGCAACCCUUUCAGCCCCAUGAGUCACAUCUCAACUUUACACUUCAAUUCUUUAUAGACUUUAAUCUUUUUGGUAUGAGUAAUAUUGAUUUACAAACUGUCAGUUUCCGAAAAACAGGAUUAUCUCAGGACAGUAAUGAGCCAGUGCAAAGUCCUGAUGGCGCAUUCUUAAAACCAGAAAGUUCAUGUUUUUACGAGGCUGAUUGUGUUGCAUGCCACAUUGUAAACCGCCAAAGAAUAGGAAAAGGUGACGGCAUAGAAAACCCAGGUUUGGAAGAAGUAUGGAAUCAAGAAAAGGAAAGACGCCGGCAAUUGAACAUGUCAAUGGCUUCAAAGUCAUUGUCUCAAGGUAGAAUUAAAGCUGAUGAGACGGAGUCUCAUUACAAGUAUGAACAAAUGUUUUUGAUUAAAAUGUCAAAUGAUUUAAAUAAUCCCGUGAAAAUUGAAAAUGAAACUAAAGAGGAUAAGGAGAGGGUAUAUUAUCCUGCUGAAAGUAUGGAAGGCUCACAAUUGUUUGAUGCAGUGGAUGUAAGCAUACAUUUACCUGAUCAGAGACAUUAUGUUAGUCUUAGCGAAACAUUUAGAAAGGAUUUAGAUGAGACUCUUGUUGAAGAUGCAGAUGACACAAUAGUUGAUGAAAACGUUGCUUUGAACUGUAGUUUACAUUACAGUCAAGUAUUAUUUAAUAGUGAAGAUUUAGAGCUGGUUCAUAUGCUACAAGAUAUGGAUGAACAGCCUGUUGAAGAGGACAGCGUAAUGUGCACUCCUGCUGCUGAAGAUAAGGAAGAAAGUGAGAUAGAUGAUAUGGAAUAUUCACAAGUCUUCAAUGAAGAGACUGUGUUGAUGGAGAUUUAUAAGAGUAACGAUGGAAAUGAAUCUUCUUGGAAUGAUUCUUUCUGGGAAGGAGCUAAUAUACCACAAUUAGAUGGAACAUUUGAUGAUGAUCAUGUUAAAAAAGUACGAAAAAGAAAAAUGAGACCAUUAAAAUUGGGAUUAUCAAGGCCUCAAAAGAAAGUAGAUUCUAAUCAAAUGGAUAAUGUUAUCGCAUUAAAUAUUAAUGCAGACUUAAGUGAAGGUGAUGAAGAAAUAAACGCUUCCAGAGAAACUAUAGAUAGUAUAUCUAGUCUUCAUUUAAAAAAAGUGGUUAAGACUGAGCCACAAAGCUUUUCAGAAAAUUAUAAUGACAUACAUAGUGGAGAAUCUAUAGUUGACUUAGUAGACAAAAUAUCCAUAAAACAAAAUAAUAAAUCAAAUGUAGCUGAAUUAUAUGAUUUUAAUAACAAGUUUGAACCGGAAGCUGGUCCAUCCAAAGUAAAUAUUAAAAAUAAUGAAGAAGACGACCCUAUAAAAGACUCGAAUGAUUCGACAUUUAUCGAAAAUUCUAUUGAAUCGUCUUUUGAUAAUAAACAGGGUAUUAUGAGUUUUUAUGACAUGUCCAAAGUAUUUGACAUGUCUUUACAAAAUAAUGAUUGCGAUUUAAUUGAUGAUGAGACUGAAAAUGAAAAUAUGGGUAUUGAGAAAAUAAAUUUAAAUUUCGCUAAGAAUUCAAACUAUACAAAUGAAAUUAAGACAGAGGUAUAUAGUAAAACAAUUAUUACUCCAAAAAUACGGCCUCCAACGAAAAACUACAUACUAACAACUCUAGAAAAGUACGAAAUUCCUAAAGUAAUAAAUUUGCAGCCAUUUUUUUCCGAUCACAAAGAUGUGGGUGACAAAGUAGAAAUAGGACAAAUGAUACUAAAAUUACAAAGUAAUCUAUCAAGAGACCAAAAGCCACUUGGCCGAAUUUUAGAUACAACUAGUAUAGAAGAGUGGCGUCAGUUACUGUUUAUGCAGACUAAUGAAUUAUCUGAAGAUUCUGCUAAACCGGAUGCUCUCAAAUUACUUUUAGCUGGCAAUAGAAAUACUAUAUUACAAGCGGUUAAAAGACCUCUGACUAAGGUUCAAGUGUUAAAAGAAAUUGAAGAAAACAAAGUGCAUAAUAAAGUAAAUUUUGGUAAUAAUAAUGAAAUUAGUAAAAAUUUAGAUGAUCUUGAGAAUUCGCAAGCAAUAGGAUUAAAUGAAGAUGAAAUCAAUAGCAGUAUUAGUUUAGAAACCGAGGAAAAACAAAACGAAACUAAUACGCUUCAAGUGACAAUGCAGCCAGAUGGUUCUUUUCUAUGUUUUGGUGGUUCUGAAAAUCAAAAAGAAGACACCAUGGAGAGUCCUGCUGUUGAUGUGGAUUUUCUAACGGUAAUGCUAACAGAAGUCCACACAUCUGUAAGAGGAGAGCUACAUCCUGACCCCUUGCUAGAUCCAAUUCAAGCAGUAUUCAUCAUGAUCACCAACGACUGCCCUCCUGACCAUUUCCUUUCGAAAUCUAUUACACAAAUAAUAGGAGUGGACAAUGUGACUCCAAAAAUAUUAGACAGAUGUAUUUUUAAUACUGAUGUUACUUACGUGAAUAAUGAAAACGAACUACUAGAAUUGCUGAUUGAAAUAAUAAAGAAACACGAUCCAGACAUUAUGUGCGGUUACGAAAUAGAGAUGAAUUCUUGGGGUUAUAUUUUGGAGAGGGCGCAAAUCCUUGGCUUGGAAAUGGUUAGAGAAAUUUCUAGGAUUACCGAGAAGCAUAGACAGAAGAAGUGGAGGGGGCAAGAUAACGAAAUGGAUGGUAAAAUUAUUGGCAGAAUUACUUUUAAUGUGUGGAGGUUGUUCCGCCAUGAGUUGGCUCUGUCAAGUUAUAGUUUUGAGAACUGUAUGUAUGAGGUGUUGAAGGAAAGAGUACCGAAGUAUAGUUACAAGCAGUUGGCGAAAUGGUGGAGUCACGAGUCGAGGAUAUUGAGGUGGAUUCCUGUGGAAUAUUAUAUGACGAGGCUCACGGGAACUGUGAGGAUGAUGGAGAAGUUGGAUAUCAUCAACCGCACAUCAGAACUAGCCCGUCUGUUCGGGCUGCAAUGGUGGGAGGUGCUAUCUCGAGGGUCCCAGUUCAGAGUGGAGUCGCUCAUGUUAAGGGCGGCUCGACCACUCAACCUCAUCGCGUUAUCGCCAACGGUCAAGCAGAGAUCGGUUAUGCGUGCGCCUGAGUGCUUGCCGCUUAUAUUUGAACCAGAGUCACGCUUCUACUCAGAUCCAGUCAUAGUGCUAGACUUCCAGAGUCUGUAUCCAUCUAUGAUGAUUGCAUACAACUACUGCUUUUCCACUUGCAUCGGACGGGUGCAACAUAUAAACGGAGACUCAGCCUACGAAUUCGGCGCUUGGCGCCUUCGGAUCCCCAAAGCAAAACUCGAAGCCCUAGUGAAAAAUGGGCACGUGCACUGGUCACCAGUGGGCGUGGGCUUCGUCAAGUCUGCAGUGCGGCGGGGAGUGCUACCAGCGUUGUUGAGAAGGAUCUUGGCGGCGAGGCAAGCUGUGAAGAAGAGUAUGAAGAUGCAAACUGAUGAAGCCGUUAAGAAGGCUAUGCAUUCGAGGCAAUUAGGUCUGAAGUUAAUAGCAAACGUGACAUAUGGGUAUACCGCGGCUAACUUCAGCGGCCGGAUGCCGUGCGUCGAAGUGGCUGACAGUGUGGUGUCAAAGGGGCGGGAGACAUUAGAGCGUGCUAUACAACUCGUACGCAAAGGUUCUUGGAACGCCAAGGUGGUGUACGGAGACACAGACUCGAUGUUCGUGGUAGUGCCGGGCGGCACGAGGGCGGAGGCCUUCGCCGUCGGCCAGCAAAUCGCUGACGCCGUCACAGCGGACAAUCCUUCGCCUGUCGCUCUCAAAUUGGAGAAGGUAUACCAACCAUGCAUACUGCAGACAAAGAAGCGGUACGUCGGCUACAUGUACGAGAGCCCCGACCAAGAGACGCCGGUGUACGAAGCCAAGGGCAUCGAGACUGUACGCAGAGACGGCUGUCCUGCAGGCGUCAAGCUUCUCCACCGUGCUCUAUGCGAGCUAUUCUCAACGGGCGACAUGUCUCGCGUCAAACGCUCGGUGGUGUCGCUACUGUCGCGUCUCGCCGACGACUCGCUUCCCAUACAAGAUCUGUUCUUCUCAAGGGAAUAUCAUGGACCUAAUGGGUAUAGACCCGGCGCUGUGGCUGUGCCCAAUGAGAUUGCUAAACGAAUCGCCGCCACGGACCGUCGCGCAGUGCCCCGGCCCGGCUGGCGAGUGAGGUGGCUGGUGUCGGCCGGGGCGCCGUGCGCGCCGCUGGUGAAGCUGUCCCGGAGCCCCGAGGAGCUGUCCCGGAGCGGGGCGCGGCCCCACGUGCUUUACUAUGCCACUAGGGUGCUGUUACCGCCGCUUCACCGCUGCUUGUCUCUGUUGGGAGUCGAUGUUCUUAAAUGGUGGUGUGAACUAGGCUACGGUAGGACCGCUAACCAUCACCGCCACGCUAUAACAAGCGGCAUCGCUCGCUAUAUGUGGCGAUAUCGCUGCGCUAUAUGCGGCGCUCGCGGCAACCGAGCGGUCUGCGCGGAUUGUUCCAGAGAUAAGGGCGCGCAACCAGUGGCGGCGGCGAUGGCAGCGAGGCUGAAUAUAGCUAAUACUCAUCUGCGGUAUUGCGCUAUGAUCUGCAGCUCGUGCACGGGCCACACAGAGCCCAGCAGUUGCGAUAACACAGAAUGUCCGGUGUUGUGGCGGCGAGUCACCGCGCAGGAAAAACUAGAUGACGUCAGGGAUGUGGUUACCAACUUACCGGCGCAGUUUUGUAGGGAGAGCCUUAAUUUUUAAAAAUUAAAUCAAGAACUGUCAUUCUUACAACAUAAUAUAGUGAACUCAUAGUCAAGUGAAGUGAAGAUGUCUCACUUUAAGAUCGCGUUAUGUAUCUUAUAUUGUUAUUUUAAUUUUGCAAGGUAAUAUAUUUUUAUCAUAAGUUUUAAUUUGUUAUU